GGCUGCAGAACCAGAGGAAUGGCCAGCAGGUGUACAGGAGCAUGUUGGAUUGUUUGAUUAAGACUGUGCGGUCUGAGGGGUAUUUUGGGAUGUACAGAGGUAAGAAACACAGCCACGUCAUUUAAACACUGGUGACUCGUGUCGCUGUGAACCUUGCUAGAGAAACCCAGCCACGCUGAAAUGCAUUUAACAUUCAUGUGCAAGUCUAAUGCUGUUCCUGUUAUCAGAGCUGUCCUGUAGCGUAGAAUUGUCUAUAAUACGGGAACAAACAUCAGGAGUUUCGUGGAUGCAAGCGAGCGGCUCCACCUGUUUGACUUUGGAAGUGCUCUAUCCUGAAGCCCAAGAUCUCACUUCAGUAUGGGGACGUCCCCGUGGAUUUUGAGGGCUAGCCGAUGUGGCACAGCCAUGCUGGAGGCAAAUCAUUUAACGGUUUACAGAACCUCUCACCUUUGUGCUGCAGUUAACCUGACCCUGGUCACCCCAGAGAAGGCAAUUAAACUGGCUGCUAAUGAUUUCUUCCGUCAUCGCCUUACCAAAGACGGGAAGGGGAUGAACGUAUUCAAGGAGAUGCUGGCCGGCUGUGGUGCCGGGACCUGCCAGGUUAUUAUAACCACUCCAAUGGAGAUGCUCAAGAUCCAGCUGCAGGAUGCUGGCAGAUUGGCCGCUCAGCAGAGCGUGAAGGCUCCCAUUGUGACCGGUGCAAAGCUGGCCAGUACCAGUGCAGUACCCCGCCGAGCCUACAAUGUGGGACCAGUUCCACUUAAUGGGAAAGUCUCUGCCUCACAGAUAGCACAGGAGCUGCUGCGAACACAGGGAGUCCGGGGCCUUUACAGGGGUCUAGGAGCCACAGUGCUGAGGGACGUUCCCUUCUCCGUCGUCUACUUCCCUCUGUUUGCGAACAUUAACAAGCUGGGCAAGCCAUCGGAAGAUGAGAGCGCCCCUUUCUACCACUCUUUCCUCGCUGGCUGCAUUGCUGGAUCCACAGCAGCUGUUGCUGUCAACCCCUGUGAUGUGAUUAAGACCCGUCUGCAGUCCUUGAACCGAGGAGCCCAUGAGGAGAGUUACAGUGGGAUCGUUGACUGCGCUAGGAAAGUGUUGAGGAAAGAAGGCCCCUCUGCUUUUCUGAAGGGAGCGGGUUGCAGGGCGCUGGUCAUGGCCCCUCUGUUUGGAAUCGUUCAAGUGGUCUACUUUGUGGGGGUGGGAGAACACAUCCUGAGUUACAGUCCGUACAAUGUGAUCUCUUCAUAGAGACCUGCCUUCCAAACUGUACCCCUUCACCCACAAAAACAACUACAUCUGCAAAGAAAAAGUAUUGAAUCGAACAACAACUCCUGUGCCAGCUCUGAAUAUCCGAAUAUCCGUGCGCCUGGGGAGCGCUGGUUUUGAGGGGGGAUCGGAAAGUUGAUGGUUUGGUAGUCCGUGAUGGGUCAAGAAUGAGCUGGAGCGUGUGCUGGACUUCUCUUGCCCUGAAUUGUAUUAUAGCUGUGUGUAUAUAUUUAACUGGUGUGGGGAUGUCUUCUGUAAAGGCUUUUGAGACUGGACAGGUAGUGGAUUGAGUUGUGAUGUUGGUUGCUUUAGCAGUAAGGGAGUGAUUCCUGCCUCUCUUGUCCCCAGCUUUGCUGUCCUCGAUCUGUUAACGAGCCUUUAGAAUGCAGACGCCCUGUUUUUGCCUCAGUAAGGACCCCUUGCUCAGUCAUCCUGCUCCUCAGGAGAGCUCGAGUCCUUCAGUGUUUGCUCAGUCUGUUUCCAUGCACGCUUCUUGCCAUGUCAUCCAUUUAGUGUUGAUACUGUGAGGGAACCAACCUGUCUCUCGCGUCGAGCUGCUAGAGCCCUGUUAUUUAUAAUGUGAGCAACAGCACUUGCACAGCAUUGCUGUAAAGCAAAAGGGUUCAAUUAUUAUUGGAAACCAAGCUGGGCAUGUCAGUCUGUGUUGAGUUGAAUCUGAAUUGUGUUUUGGGACCAAAUGUAUCACUAUUCUUUUAACUAAAUGGCUUUUUUUGGUAUAAAUUCACUUUUUUAGAUUUGCAUCUAAAAAAUGCAUCUGGGAUGAAAUGCUUUUUGUUUUUUUAAUAUUUUUAGGUUAACUAUGAACACAGUGGUGUAGGAAUUGUGGGGGCAUGUUUCACUGUUUGAAUGGAAAUGAACUUGCUGCAGAGUUGCACACGGACCUGUUUUUAUUUUUUGGCACUUGUUUUCCAAACCAGAAAUGGAAUUCUGCUGCGGUCCCAGCAGGAUGCGUUCUGGCACACCUAGUCACAGAAGUUUUUAAAGGGUUGGUUGAAAAACACUAGCGGUUUACUCCACACACAAGUUAUUUCUGACGUCAAACUGUAAUUGUGUUCAACAGCCAAUUCUGGACAAACCCUUCCCCAAGGGCUUAGGACAGUGAUGGUGUAAGAACCUAUAUAUAUAUAUAAAUAAUAUAUAUAUAUAUAUAUAUAUAUAUAUAUAUAUAUAUAUAUAUAUAUAUAAUAUUAUAUAUAGGAUAGGAGAGAGAGAGAGAGAGAGAGAGAGAUUUCUGUAAAGUUUUUGAUUUGUAUGUUUAGAAGGGUGGUGAACAAUGGGCAACGGUGCUAAAUAUUCAUAAAACUGUCCAGCAUCAAAGUGCUGGACUCUUAUAGCUAGUAAUGCAUCACAAGGGGCUUGUAUAAGAAACUGUCACGUCAUCCUAAGAUUGGUUUAAUCUUAACCAAGUACUGUUUACAUGAACUCUGCACGUUCCAAGUGCAGCAUUCAGCAAAUCCUCACUUCUGUAAUCUAGGCACCCAGCUUCGUUUCACAACGUUAUUAUUUUUAUUUUGUCUAUAUAUGUAUCUCUCUAUCUUGUAAUGUAUUAAGUGAAAUAAUAAAGCAGUCUCUUUGUA